UUUCGGUCAUAAACCUCCUUCUCAGAGGCCCAUACGAAGCCAUUCUAUAACGCACAUCAGAGGCCCAUUCUAACACUGCGAGCUGGCCCAUAAAGGCCCAUUACGAGGUCUCGUUCUCUCCCACGAGAGAGACAGAGAGACAUGCAUCUCACAAUGUUGAAUUCUUGAAGCAGACUUGGCAAGUUGUUCAUAAGUCUACCCAUAUGUUUCUUCCUCUUCGCAAUUCCCGAUUCCCCAACAAAUAUUUAUUUCUUCCAAUCGAAAUCUCCAAUCCCUAAAUAACAACAAAACCCCCCAUUUCCCCCCUUCUUUAUAAACCUCAAGCUCCAAUUUUGUUUUUCCCUUUUUUCUAUUUUUUUUAAAUAGAGUUUUCAAGCACCCAUUGAAUUUUUUCCCGGGAAACUAGAAUCUGAGUAAUUCUCCUUUCUACUGUGUUUUCAUAUCUUUUUUAUCAAGGGUUUCGCCUUGAAGCUGUUUGAUAAUAAAUCACAAUGGGAAGACACGUGUUACUUUCACUUCUGUUGUUGUUGUUCCUUGUUUUUUAUCCCUCUGAUGCUUCCUUCGCUGGGGAACACAGAAAUUUGGCGAAUUCGGAUGCAGAAGAUGGUAAUAAAACUGCGAAACCGGACCCUCCGUUGCCAAAUAAGGAGAAUUCAGAUCCAAACCCUGUUGGUGGUGGAACAAAGAAGAACGGAAAGGAAUCACCUUCCACCAAUGCUAAUAAAGCACCCGAAACGGGUGCAAAGGGUUCCAAUGGUAGUGAUAACAGUAGUAAAACUAUUUCCUCAGCUCCGGCGCCUUUGGCCAAAGUGAAGGGUUCAAAUGAUCCUCAAAAGGAGAACAAUAAUACAGCUUCUCUAGCUGAUAAUAAUGAUGUUAAGGGCAAUGAAGAAGGUGGUGCCAAGGGAAAUGAAAAAGGCGAUGGCAAUGGAAACGUAAAAGAGGGUGGUAAGGAUAAUGGAAAUGAGGGUGGCAAUGGCAAGGGAGAAGAGGGUAGCAAGGGUAAUGGAGAACAAAGUGACAAGGGUAAUGUUGGGCAAGGUGACAAGGGUAAUGGAAAAGAUGGUGGCAAGAGUAAUGAAGAACAGGGUCACGCUGGUGAUGGAGGCAAGAGUAACGUAGAACAAGGUGACGGGGGUAAGGGAAAAGAUGUUGGCAAGGAUAAUGGAGAAAAAAGUGACAAGGGCAAUGGAAAAGAUGGUGACAAAGUUAAGGAAAAUGAUGGGGGUGACAAGGGUAAUCAAGAAGAGAAUAAGGGAAAUGAGAGCAAAACUUAUUCACAAUCUACCACCACUGAGUCUUGUCGUGAUCUGGGGAAGUGCACGGACAAAGGAGGCAUGGUUGGUUGCAUUUCCAAAUUAGAUCCAACAUAUGUGGUUGUUCUCCUUCAUAAUGGAGGAUCUGACACCAUCAAAGUGAAGCUUAAUGAAGGUAAUGUUGAAGGCAUUGAAGUCGGCAUACAAAAAACAGAAGGUACUAAUCGUCUAGUCAAUUUUUAUCUUGAGCCGGCUUAUCUUUUCCUUCAUAUUGAUGUUUUUAUUUAUUUUUCAAGGUGCGUUUUUCAUCUUUAUACUCCUUCCCACUCCAAUAUGAAUCAUAGCUGGAACUCAUUGUAAUAAAACAUCUCGUUGUAAUAAAACAUGGUAUAUUAACAAUAUUCUGCAAACAUUUGUUUUGGCAUAUUUUGGAAAAAAGACGUGGUUUGUGUUAGGAAAACUGAUUGUUAAAUAGUUUAUGGCAUGGAUCAAAUAUGGAAAACUGAUUUAUGAUUGGGCAUUGUGGUGUAAUAUGAUCAAUGUAGUCAAUCCUCUACUUAGUGGAA